AGCCUCUCUGUCUACCGUACAGCUAUCCGAGCAUUCGAAAGGCCGCCAACUCCUAUAAAAAUCACAUAACUUGCAUGUAUCAUGUAGGACGGUUGGCGGGGCUUUGGUACUCAGCACUUCACCGAUUCAGAUAGAAGCAGAACCCGUUGCCAUGAUGAUACCAGACGAUUCAAGUACUCGAUUGGCUCGUUCGACUGUUCCCGCAGCAAACAUGGAAGGCACCUCCAAUAUCAAACACAACAACCUCAAGCUAAAGUUGAUGCGUUCUCUGAUACGGACCUUGAUCGGGCUCUCUGUCCUGAAGAUGGCGUACGACGCAGUUCAAGUGCAAGAGAAGUUUCAGCGCGGACUGCGAGCUUCGAGUGCCCACAGCACGGAUGAAUCCAUGAUUUUGCCUGCAGAAACAGCCAGACAACGAGGGGACGAUGAAGAACCAACAGCCGACGCUCAGGAGAUCUCUGCUGCUACAGCAACAACGACAAGGAAGAAGACACCUCUCUCUGAGAUUGUCCGUGCCGACGAGCAGGUCACGUGCCCACACGGUCUCUACCCGGUCCAACAAAUAGUCAAUAGCACCGCUGACAUGGGACGAGAUCGAAAGAUACCCAGAAUUAUCCACAUGACUGGCGAAUCCAAGUGUCUCACAGAAAUCUUUUACAACAACACGCGAAAAUGGUCUCUGGACGGGCAUAGUUUUUAUUUUCAUGACUACCAAGCCAAGCAGCAACUGCUGCAACGGUUCUGGCCCGAAUUCCCACACAUUCAGAUAGCCUAUGAAUGCCUCAAGAAUGCUGGAGGAGCCGCCGUUGCCGAUCUAUGGCGGUAUCUGGCCUUGUGGGAAUACGGGGGGAUUUACACCGAUAUGGACAACGAACCAGGAAAGCUCUUUCAUGCGGACGCCAUCGACCCGGAUAUAGACGGAUUCUUUCUCAGGUCAAGCGUGGGCCUCCCGAGCCAGUACUUUUUUGGCAUUUCACCGAAGCAUCCAUUGAUGUUUUUGGCAGUUCACGAUGUACUCAAGGAAAUGCUCGCAUUGGCCGACGUUGGCACAUUUUAUGUGCCAGGAACUACGGGGCCGCGCUGCAUUCGACGAGCCUUUCUAAAGUUCGUGAGCAUUACAAACAGAGGUAUUGACUCCGCAACGUACAACAGCUAUGCAUACCCAGAGGCUGGAAAGUUUGUUGGUAUGCUGAACCGAUCCGUCGACAUUGUUGGCAACGAUACCACAAGAGAGCAGUACGUCAAGACGAGUUCCCUCCACCAUGCCAAAAAGACGGAUUGGAAACUCAUGAAUCAUACCGACUACUACAAGUUGAACAAGAUCCCACAACACAAGACUUGUCUCAAACUUCUGUUAGAACAGCAUCUGGAAAGCAUUGAGCAGCAAGAGCAAUGAAGAGUCUCAGAGUCACGGCUGCCAUGCCGUGACGUGAGCAAGAACUGAAGCAACUACACGUAGAAGGAUCAUAUGUGGCCACUCUGCCCUCUGCCGCUUGCAAGGAGGCCCAAUCACCUCGAUCGAGACAGCGAAGCGAAAUUGAGACCGCUGUGCCACUCCUUCUUUGCAAACCUUGUGGAAUCAGAAUGAUUCGAUUCAAUCAGAUAGCAACUUCUGCUACGGUACUGUAUACCCAAGUUCAAAAUUCCACUGGUGAACGGUUGAUGCCCCCCCCAACCUAGCUAGCAAGCAAUGCUGCAAAAUAAAUAAAUGAUGCCUUCUGGCCACGGAAUCCUCGCCCUGGUACAUGUAGAAUACAGCUCUAUCGGCUUUGAGAUUUUUAAAAAAAGGAAUAAAUGCAGAAG